AUGUGUGUAGAAGGCACAACACAGGAUACAGAAGCUCUUGCGGUGGUUGAAUCAAGAAUUUGUGAUUCGUAUUAUAUUCCAGAAUUGAAAGUUACAAAUUACAUAAUUGAUUCAAAUAGUAUAGAGGUGAAGACAAGUCAGUUAUAUAAGGAUAAAGCAACACUCGUAGAUGUGAUGGCGAAAUAUAAGAUAAAGAACAAUUUCAAUUGCAAAGUAAAGAGAUCUGAUAGACAAAGGCUUCCUGCAGAAAAAAAUCUGAUGUUUUCAAAGUUAGAUUCAAAUUCUUAUAUAAAGAUGCAGAAGACUGAGAAAGAUGAAUUUAUAUAUCUGUUCGUAGCCUUAAGACCAUUGAUUAGGGGGUUUGAUUACUGCAGACCAAUAGUUGUUGUCGAUGGUGCACAUCUGGGCGGAGCUUACAAAGGGACAUUUGUAUCCGCAAGCACACUUGAUGGGGCAGAUAGGAAUGAGAGUAUUAUGAAGAGUGUAAGGACUGUGUUCCCAAAUAUACCUCAUUAUGUAUGCAUAUGGCAUCUUUGGAAGAAUGUCUGUGGAAACUUCAAAAAGAGAAGAAACACCCUAAGUGAUCUAUUUUACUCUAUGGCCAAGGCAUACAUAAAUGAGGAUUUUGAUAAAUUGAUGGCUAAGGUUGAUAAAAUUGAUCACAGGGUUAAUGAGUACCUUGAGGAUGCAGGAGAAAUAGCCUCAUAUACAAAGGACACAUUGGGGAGAAGAUUUAAGGAGGUAUUGAUUAUAAACGCGUCUAAAAGUUCGAAGAUGGAGGUUGUUCCAUCAUCUGAAUUUAUUUUCUCGGUUUAUGAAGCUGGAAGAAGAUACAUUGUUUGUCUUGAGCGGAAAGUAUGUUCUUGUGGAAGAUUUCAACUAGAUGAGAUACCUUGCGCACAUGCAAUCGGUGUUUUAAAGGAAAAGAAUGUUAAAGAUAUGCAUCCAUAUUGCUCUGAUUACUACAAGCCUGAUGCAUUAGCAAAAACAUAUGAGAUUCCAAUGGUUGCAAUGCCAGAUAAGAAAGAUUGGUCAGCUCCUGAGGAUGUUGUAGCUGAAACUGUGUAUCCACCUAGAUACAAACGAUUAGCUGGAAGACCAAGGAAAAGAAGAAAAAAGAAUGCAGAUGAAAAGAUUACAGUGAACACAAAUUGUUGUGGACAAUGUGGACAAGAAGGUCACAACAGAAGAACUUGUACUUUCUUUCCAAAAGAAAAGUGA